AUGGGAGGCCCCUCGUCACGGUUGCUUUGGCGUUCUGGACGAGCAUUUGCACCGAAUACUAAUCCAAAGCCAUUGAAGCGGUUUUCUUCGUCGCUGUCUGGACAAGCUGGCAAUCUCACGGGGGAUCCAUCGCCAGCCCAACUACUUCGAGCCAUUUUCACGGGUCCCAAUCCGCGCAACAAUGGCUUGACACAUGACUUCGUACAUCGCCAUGAUAUUUUGAGCCUUAUAGACGCAGAAUGGAUCUCAGGAAGCCCGCCUCCCGCAUUAUGGGCUGCCUUGAAGGGCGUCCACCCCACUACCCGCAAAGAAGAAGUAAUGCGCCUCUACUCCGUCAACGAUGUGUCUUCCCUGAGAUCGAUAGCUGAGAGGCUCCUGGUCGAUGAGUAUGCAGCAAAGCUUCUACACAAGCAUUUUGCGGCUUCCAGAGUCAUGGAGCGAUGUGAGGAGCGCAGUUCGUAUUCGGAAUUAGUCUCGUUGCUGAGCGAUAUUCACCACCGUCUUGCGCGUCUUAAACUUCCCCCACUGAAACCAACCCUCGGCCUCAGAUAUGCAGCGCUUGAUCUAAAUAUGCCAGCUUUUCAAGGUUUUCUCGAAAUUCGACAGAAGAUUGAUGGGCCUCCACUACAAUUCUCUAACAGCGGCUCUAUCAUCAAGGCCUUGCUCGAGACGAUUGAAUCAACAUUGUUUGAGAGGCCUGACUACGAUACAAGAUUUGUUCUAUCAUGUCUUACUUCAGAGGCUGUUCACGGCCUUCCAGCUUCACUGAAGCUCCACGAAGUCUUGCAUGCGUCGCUGGAUCAAGACCGUGGAACAUGGUCAACGUACCUCUGUUUACUUGCCAGACUCCACAGCCGAGAUGCCUUGUACAGCUCCUGGGGACAAUACCUGUCUGGGUAUGUCAAAGAUAAUGAAGCCUCAUGUCACCAAGCAUACAGUAUCAUCAUCUCUUUGGUUAAAGCACGGCGGUCAGAGGAGGCUGCGUUGUUCUUGGAGCAAAUCGCCCAGAGAAGUGGCGACACCUUGCCGUAUUUUUCUACCUUUACGGGCAUGAGCACCCUCCUCAAUGAUGCUUUGAUUAGAGAGGCGAUACCUGAUCUCGCACAAGGAUGCGAAUACGAAAAGCUUCUUGAAAAGUGUCUUUGGGACAUGGAAGCCCAACUCGGCAUCCGGUGGGAAGAGGGCCAUAAGCAGAGUGGAGAGAAGGUGCAUGUCAGCUUCACGCCCGACUCAGCUUGGAAGAUCUUUGAAGAUCAGCCAUUGAUCACUAUUGACGGCGAAAGUGCUGGUUAUGACGACCCGAUGCGUAUCAGGGCCGAGAUUUCGAGUCUCGGAUGCUCCAGGUCCUCAAGAGAUUUGCAACGGAUCGUUGAUGGUCUACACGAUCAAGAUGGUUGCCCUCAAGAUGUUACCGUUCAGCCCUACGACUCAAGAGGUGCUGAUCUACUGCGAGGCAUGUCUGGGUCCAUUGAGUUCCAAUGGAACCCUGAGCACGCGCCUGUCGAGUUCUCAGACAGUUUUUGUGCCACCCCAACUUUUCAAUCCUUUCAAAUUACGCCUGUAACGUUGGGUCUGCUCCGAGCUCGUGCGGUGGCUGACGGUGUGCCUCAGAACAACAAUAAAUGCCUUCACCUACUACAACUAGGAAGCCUGCACAUGCGUACUAGCCACCAGGACCCUUGGGAGCAGUCGGGAUACGUUGUCGCCUGGGAUCGACAAUUCGGCGAUAUGAUCGCCCUGUACGUGGGGCGAGGCUUCGGAAUCAUCGAUCCUGGCCCGACGCCAUCGAACGCCCCCUUUGGAUCAAUCUUGCAUAUCGAUUCGACGCAUACACCGAACAGCCGGAAACGUUUUUCUGGGCGGCGUUCACGAAUUUCUGGUUACGCUAAAUCCUAUCAUUUGGACAUAGAUCCCAGCCCCGAUCUGGAAUUUUGA